AUUUUCUCACUGUAAAUGUUCUACAAUGGCGAGUUUCUCAUUUAAAAGGAAAGGUAGAAGACCCCAGUCAGCUACACCCACCUCAAAGCCAGUGUCAAAAUCAAAGGGAACGUCUGAAGUUGCCAACUGGUCGCCUUUGCAGACGGAUGUUCAUAUCAAUCAGCUAGCAGUCUGUCCAAAAUAUCGAACGAGCGACAAAGCCAGCAUUGAGUCGAGUCUAGAUGUGAGAGAAAAACAAGAACAGUUGGUUUAUGGCUGUGGGUAUCCAGGACUUUUGAUUGCCUCUCUGAAUGUCAGGACUGGAGCUCUGUCUCGCCUUCCUGUACCAGUACCACGCAAUCCCAAUGCUCUCCAGUCAAUAGAUCAUGACACGGAUGAACUUCAUGUUCUUGCUGACACAAAAGCCACCUGCCUUGUCUUUGUGGGAAGCUGGCAGGUGUGGAUAGGGACAGAGCACGAUACACUCCAUGUGUUGAACUGUGCUUGUGAUGAAAACGCUAUUCAGAGCCACAACUUGUUACAGCUUCAUGAUUCGGUGUUGUGUGUGAUUCCGGGACCGGAGGUAGACGGAUCUCGGUCUGUGUAUGCAGGAACAGCUAGUGGUCGACUGGUGAUGUUUACAGGACCCACUGACAGUCAUGGAGGGUUAACAGACCCAUUUGCUGAUCAGUUGUGUAUCGACUUGAUGAGCGGCAUCAAUCGACGUUACACAGGCUCUGCUCCCAUAAAGACAGCUACUUUUGCUGAUAAUGGAAGGUUGUGGUGUGGAGUGGGAAUGUCAAUUAUGGUUUUUGAUCCGAAAACUCUCACAAUUGAUUACGAAUUCAAAGCUGAAGCUCCACGAGAAGACGACAUUCCAAAUCAUGGCCGGAAAAUUGUUGCUCAUUUGCAGCCCAGUGAUGUGGGCAUCUGGAGUGCGUGUUGGCAUGCACCUGCUGUGUAUCUGUGGGAUAUUCAAAACUACACUCUAAAGGCAUCGAUAGUGAGCAAUGCAUUCCGGGCGACUGCAGGAUGGGUUGAAGCAUCAGCUGAUAUCACUGCACUUGCUGUUGAUUGCUCAGCGUGUCUUCUUUUAGUUGGCACACGUGGAGGUCACACUCUAAUAUUCGAUAUCCUUCCAUCCAGCACCAGCGUUGCCUCUUUCAAGCCACGAUUUCUCUCCUCUGUACAUCACGGUACAGGCGCCAUUCGCUCCAUACAACUCAUAAAUGACAUUUCAGCUGCCCUCAAGUCAGCAUACGGAGUUGAAGAACAGAGUGAUGCACAUCGAGCCAAUAGUGAAGAGGUACGUGUAAAGGUAGUCAACUGUGCAUCGAGCUCACUCAGUCAAGAAGGAUCUGUUCUCUUUGUUUGGGAGUUUCAAAUUCCACAAGACAGAGAGAGGCUAGAACGACAGAUGAGGCAUUGGACACUCAUCGAGUCACAAAAGAGCUCAUUUAUAUAUCCACCACUGAGACUGGUGCAUGUUGCACCCACUGCUUUGGUAACAACGCCUCUUACUUAGUUGGAUGUAAUAAUAUAAAUAUGUACUCUAUUAGUUACUCGAUUGCUUGACAGCAAUGUUAUUGUUUUUACAGUGUUGUCUUUUUGCGACUUGCCAGUAACUUGUUUUUUAGAAUCUUUAGAAGCAUGAUCUUUUUAU